UUAGAUAUUUAGAUGGUUCAAAUUUGAGUACUCUUAUUAGUCUUUAAGGUUUUGCCAUCCAUUUAGCAAAUUCUCCUGCCAAAUUAAAAAACUGGAAAAUAUUUGCUGUCUCAAAGAGAGAGGAUGGAUAAUUUGAGUCAAUCGCUCUCUAAUUCGAGCUGGGAAAAUCCCUUUGGUAUUAGUGGAAAUGUUAUUCCAUGCGAUUUGGAAAGUGAUGAGCAGUUUGUUGUAGGUGAAGAACUAAAGGCCUUUUUUGAUAAAGAAGAAAAAAUGUAUCAAUCGUCUUCAUCUGUAAGAUCAGAUCAAAGUCAUCAAACAGAAAAGAGCAAUGCUAUGGCUUCAGGAAUUACGAUAAGGUCUUUUAUGGCUGACAGUGGAGACAGUGAUCUUAUUAAUCAGAAGCUUACAAUGAGCCAGUACAUUGCAUACAAGUCUGAACCAAUGGGUCCGGAAUUGGGUGAAUCAACUUCAUCUAAAGAAAGACCUUAUUUCAGCUUCCAAGAAAAAAUUUCUCUGUCUCCACACAGUGAAAAAAGCGAAUCAGGGGUAGCUGAGUUUAAUCCAGACUUCAGCCAAGAGCCUUCUUGGAUGAAAAAGAAAUCAUUAAGCUCAUUAUCGAGUUCUGAAAAUCUAGAAAUACCAUCAAAAAGUCCUGAUAGCAGUGAAAAUUGGUUAAUUGGCACAAACAAGUCUGCAAGUCAAAACAGUAUGGUAGAUAUUGUUGAAAAAUCUGAAGCCAGUGUUCGCGUGAAGGAAUCUAGCAUCUCCGGUGCACCAAUACUUGAACCUGUAGAGCCAGCGAUCUGUAUGUCGCAACAUCAACCCUGUGAAACAAGUGAACUUCCGUCCCUGUAUUGGAAGCCCCACAAUGAAUCGCUUAUUGAUGGUGGCUAUUCUCACCUGGAACCAUCACUUAUGAGAGGAGCCAUAAGCAAUUGCCAUUCUUAUGUUGCUGGGCAUGUCGAGUCGUUGUCUCACGAACCUGAUGGAAGUCGACGACCUAGCGAAAUCGCCGCAUCAAGUCGGAGUUCUUCGCCUGCUAGCACGAUUCGUGAAAAUACGGAUUUCCCUCGGUGCGAAUCGCUGAUUUCAGAGCCGCAGUUAAGUUCAACGCGUGAGAUAACUGACGACUUCAAUGACGUAAGCUCAACGGAGAAACGGGUGCAUUUCCAAGCUGAUUCCUUACAUUCCCAAAUUAGUCGUACAUCAAUUGAGAAGCAAAACCUACAUCUGGGGUCGAUUCUAGAAGUGUCUUCCAAACCAAAUCUCUGUUCCACAGCCAUGACACCCACAGCCAAAGCAUCUGAACAUGUUAUGCGUAUACUGGCAAACCUUAGCCAGAACGGCAAUUCUAUUGUGAACCAAGAGCAAGAAGUAAAAAAUGCAAGGUCUUCGGUUUUGAAAGAUGGAGCUGAUGCAGAAACCGAAUCAAAAAAUUUAAAUUUAGAGUGGGAACGCAUUGAACGUGAACUGACUCAACAUGAUUCUAAUGGAUUCAGCCCAGAAUCAUGGGUAGCUGUCUUUUCAAACACAUCUUGCCUAUCAACGCCGCUAUUGAUGAACAAAAUUAAAGAACAUGUUCUUCGCAUGAACGGUCGAGGGAUGAGUUCAGGUCUGUUACCUUCUGAAUCGAGCGGCAUUGGCGGCAGUGGUUUUGAAAUAACAGAAAGUCGAAUUGAAAGUGCAUCUGCUCUCCCAUCGAACAAGACUGCAACAAAUUCCAUCCAUCCAUCACUAGCUCACGAAAAAGAUCUUUCUUCUCGGGCAUCGUCUAGCAAUAUGAAUCCCUCCCAGCACAGUGCUGCAGAAUCAAGUCAGUAUCCGCCCAACCCUGUUGCUAUACCUCCACCAGCUGCUAAAAUCGAAGAUAAAUUUUUGAAGACCCGCCACACCUUAUCCGCUAUGCCACCACGCGAUGGAAUAAAACCCGCACUACUAACCCCUGUAGAUGGGUUAGCCAAAAAUGAUUUCAACCAUAUCGACUACGUCCGUCUCACUUCCACAGCAAUAAAAGCGAUUCCUGCAACAAAUGGUGUAAGAUCUUCAUCGUCUACUAGCCAACCUAAAAUGAUUUCAGCUAACAUUCAACAGUCUCUUCAAGCGCCGCUAAUCAAGUGCAGCAAGUCGCAGGUUUAUUUUGGAGGAGCAAAAAUUCGACAAACGCAAAAGCAAAACGUUGUAGUUCGAAACUCUUCUUUUGAACAAGCACUGGAACUGGAAUUACGUAUAAAAGAUUCAGAUGACUUCUACAUGCUAAACGAAGAUCGUUCUUUGGUGUCUAGUUGCAACUAUCGAUUAGAGCCGCGUCAAGAAUGUUGUCUCGAUCUGGUUUUUCAACCCAAAAAUCUUGGCCCGUUAGCUUCGAAGCUGAACCUGUAUCCACGAUGCCAAUCAGCUAAAAAAGUCAAGUAUACUGUGGAUCUUUUCGGCUACGGUGGCUCUAGCAUUAUUCAACAGUUAACUCCCAAUGCUGGUGACUCGGAACGUACGCUUGUCCCGAAGACUAAAGGAGCUCACUGGAAUUGCCAGCUUGUUCUGAAAAAUCGAGGAAAUGUUGCAGGAUUCGCUUUCAUUCAGCCAUUGCAAGAAAAUGGAAAGGUGAUGGAAGCCUGUCAGUGCAUCAUCAUGCCUCAAUCCUUCUCUUUGAAUGCCGGUGAUUUCAAAGAAAUUAACAUUUUUAUCCAUCCAACUGAAGACGGAAAGUUGGCACCAUUCAAGUUACGAGUGGUAUGGGGUGACGAACCGCUGCGACUGCGUUGGAUGAGGUGCAUCGCUAAUGGAUCACCGCUGAAACCUGCAUCGGAGAUUGUUGGGUUUGAUUGGACUAGAUUGCUGCAGUUAGAGUCUAAUGACAAAUCAACAAAUCCACCUGUUGGCGAUGAGGAUACGACAUUGUUCUUUAAAAACGUUGCAGUGGAUGAGAUUAAGGUCGUAAUUCCAGACCGUGGCCAAGAUUCACAUUUUGUAACGUUGGCAGUAGAACCUGCAACGGUUCUUGAAUCAUCGUCUGUGAACGACACGAUGCUUUCCGAGAGACGUCUCACCAACGCCGUCAGUGGCAAAAUGUCAUCGGAUAUGGCAGUCUCAGCUGCGGUCACUGAACUAACGUUUCCUUCCACCAAAGUUGGCACUAUUUCUUCACAGAAGAUCCCUCUUCAGAACUGGAGUGGAAUCAAACAAGAGGUCCGAGUAAAGGAGAUUAGUGGACCUUUCAUAAUGAAGCAUACCCGCAACGCCGUCCCGGGAGGCUAUUUCACUCGUUUACCCAUACAGUUCCAUCCAACCAAAAUUGGUUUUCAUUCAGGAAGCGUUUUGCUUGAUGUUGGACAACAUGGGCAAACUAUAACCAUUUCACUUAAAGGGGAUGCCUUCUAAAUGUGGCAGAUUAUAUGUUUACGCGCUGGAAAUGUUUCGUUAUGCACAUAAGCCUUUUCUAUUCUUUUUAUACACAUAUUCUAGUU